ACACUAUAGUCUAUAUUCUAUGCUAGAUUAAUUAAUUAGUACUAGAUCUAAUAUUAAUAUUAGUAAUACUCAAGAGUCUAAUUCUAGAUCUAGACUGAGCUAGAUCUAGAUUUUGAAUUUAUUUUCAUUUUGUCAUUUGUGAUUUUGCUAGUAGAGUCUAGUAGAGUGCAGCUAGCUAGAAAGAGUAGAGUAGAGUAGAUGAUUAGUCUGAUUAGUGAUUAGAUCAGAUUUAUUCACAUUGAUUGUUCAAGAAUCAAAUCACCACAAAUGACUGAGUCUAAUCAUGGCUAAUGGUUCGAGCUAAUAAGAAGAUUCUUACUGAAAUUUUAGAAAAAAAUGCUUCAAGUGCUUGCUUUGAAGUUAUAGAUCUUCUCAAGAACUGAAGAACAUGACAUCUAGAUCUCAAGAGGGCACUAAUAACAGUAAUGGAUCAUUGAAAAAACUUUAUCUGUUAUUGCGGAAUGAAGGUGACAGAGUUUUAAAUGGACGAUCAACAUUUACUCUUACCACAGAAGUCUUGAGUUACUUAAAUGCUGAUUGCAGACGACAUAGCUCUGCUGAUUUAAAUGGCAGUAUUACUCAAGAAAGUGGUAUCUUUCUUCCUCUGACAAAACGAUUGCAGACACAACAGGAAGUCAAUAAGCUAAAAGCUGAAUGGUCCUCACAGAUUCAAUUUAUUAAAGAUUUUAUGUUGAGUACACCCAGUUUAAAAAUUGUUCACAAUUCAGGAACAUUGACAUCACCCAUAUCUUUACAUCGUUUUGGAAAUUUGAGUUCUCUAAACCUACACAGAGUUCAGAUCCAUAUGGUCGAAGGCCUUCACAAAUUACGAAACUUUUUGAUUUCAUUGACCAUAUAUAGAAGUAUUGAUAAACUCAAGGAUGUGCUGGAAUGUUGUGGAGGGGAUAUGAGUGCAGCCAUGACAUGGCCUGCUUUAAAAUUUGUCUCUUUCACAUUUAACUCAUUUUCAAGUUUGGAUGAUUCACUGAGACUGUUACCCUGUGUACAGAAGUUAGAUUUGAGCCACAACUCCUUAUAUUCUUGUGACCCAUAUUUAGUGAAUCUCAAUGAUGUUUUAUGUGUAACACUGGCUUACAACAAUUUAACCAAAAUUCCAUCAUUUUCUAUGGCUUCAAGAUCUUCAUUGGUUUCUCUCAUUUUAAGGGGGAAUAAUCUGGACACCAUUACUGGUAUUGAAGUCUUAGUGUCUCUACAAGAUUUGGAUUUAGGAGAGAACUAUUUGAAUGAUCAUAGUUACCUUGUCCCUUUAGGGGCAUUGUCAAGAUUAAAACAGCUUCAGCUGGAUGGGAAUCCAAUAUUUUAUCACAGAUUACAUCGAGCUUUAACUGUUUCCUGCUUGUCUUGGCAUGCUGUCAAUUCUGAGUUUGAGCUUGACAGAAGAAAAUUGACCGUUUCAGAAAUAAAUCAUUUCAUGCCACAAAAAAAGCCAGUUGUCAGUUCUAUACCAUUAACAUAUGAAAGCAGAACAAAUUUGAUGUCCAGUAACCUGGAAACAAAUACAGAUUACCAACUAUCUCCUUCCUCUGGGAUUGGAUCUGAGACAGAUAGCACAGAUAUGAUUGCAAGGCCAGUAUCUUCUAAAAAAAUAAAACACAAAAAAACAAAGGCCAGGAGAACAGAAAUUCGUGACAUGGACACAUCUGGAGAUUUGUCUUCUAGUCAGGGUGCCACACCAGGGACUUCACCUGCUGUUAACCACUAUAAACAUCAAACAUUAGCCAGAAACGAAGAGGCCAGGAGAACAAUGAAAGAAGUGGAAGAACUGAGAGAACAUUAUGGACCCAAUUGGCUGCAAGCAAUAGAAGAUAAAAAUAUUUUCAAUAAAAAAAAGCUAGCACAAGUCCCUUCUUCACUAGUGAGUGCCAGUGGUGUAGAUCAGAUUGAUCAGGAGUCAGAUCAGGGAGUCUAUCAAGUUAGUAAAGACUUAGAAACAUUCAGUGAAGCUAAAAGUGCAGAGCCAAAAGUAGAAGAAUGUCCCACAGAAGAUGACCUUUACUUGAGAAAUACUAAACCUGAGGAGGGGAGCAAUCCCAUCAUGGCCCAAAUAGCCAGAUUAGCCGGUGGAAGAUCAAAAUCUGAGAAUGCGCAGAUUAGCAACAUCAUUGAAACAACAAAAACAUCACAGAAAAAAAUUUCAGCAAAUGAAAACCUCAACUCCAACAUUUCUGAGAGGCCACAGGAAUUAUUGGAAAGAAAAGUUUUUGAUGAUCAGACUAAUCCCUUACCCAGCCGCGCAGCUGUAAGACAAUCAUUAGCCAGCCAGACAGCUAUAACCCAAUCUUUUCCAAAGUUAGCAAUAACUUAUUCAUCAAAACACACUUCUUCUGAAUCUUCUGAUAGAAUCCAAAGGGAAAACCCUGAUUCUGAUCAAUGUAGUACCAACUCUGUGUCAGGUGAUAACUCUUCUGUUGAAACCAACCAUAGAAUCACCUUACCAAAAAGGGACCUUGAAGUGAAAAGCAGUGUUACAAAAACAGACAACCCUAAUACAACUUCAAAGCAUGUUGAGUUAACAGAAGCCAUAUUUGCCCAUCUCCCUGACAAAGACAACAAGAUAAUCAUUGUUUCCUUAACCAGCACAAAGUUGAUUGAGAAAGACAUUAGAAUGAAAGUAACUGAAAAACUGGAGCUGUCCAGUCUGGCUAGCAUGGAUAGUUGUAUUCUUAAGACGCGGAGGCACCAUGAACAAAAAGAGGAUAAUUCAUCCAGCCUUGACGCUGAGACAGAAGAAGAGGUAGAGAUUAUGCAGCUUGACUUGAAGUUCGACUACAUGAGGAAAGAUCGACAGACUCGUUGCUAUCAUGUUGAGAUAGAUGAUGGAAAUAUGCUUAUGAAACAUUUUCAACCUAUUCUAGAAUUAAGAGAAGCAGAAGUUAAGUCUAAAACUGUGGCAGUAAUGCAGUGUUUGAAGUGUAACAGUACUUUUAUAAAAAGUGAAUUGGUUCAUCAAAAACAAUCCCUUCCAACAUCAGGUAGUAGUCGAGACUUACAGUCAAUGAAAGCUCUUAUUGACACUCCUACAUUGAUCUGUCCAAAGUGUGCCAGCACAAUUAUAAUAGAACUUACAUCACCUGGAAUGGGUGUCAAAUCCACCAGCUCAGCUAACUCCACACCUGUUGGUUCCUACAGUUCCUCUACUGGCAGCUUCAUAGAGCAGGCCAAGACUAUUUCAACUAAGAAAAAAAAAUCUUUAAACGUGCAACCUCGUAAGAACUCCACAAGCUCUUUAGAUCUUAAUUUUUCUAGGAAAAUAAACUUUGACUCCGUCUCAUGUUCUGGAAAUAACUCUGGAAGCUGGACUCAAGACUCUGCAAUGUCCAAUGGUCGAGACAGGAGUAAUGCUUUUAAUGCAAACACCAAAAUGGUUCGCAGCGCUCUAUUACAUGGUACCAGUUUCUCUGAAGCUGAAGAACUUGUCUGUGUUGAAGAUUAUUUCUCCGAAGUGACCAAGUCCUCCACUUCUCAGCAAUUGGCUGCCAUGACAUCUAGUUUAAGAGGGGAUUUAUCAACCAAGGGCAAGACUGCAGAUGUGAGAAGAAACACACUUGAAGAGGUUUCAACCAGGAGAAAGAAGGGAGAAAACUUGAAUAACUCCGAUGCUGAUCAAUUAGAUAAGGAAAAUACCUCAUCAUUCCAAAAACUUGAGAGACCACAGCAGCCAAGCUCAUUGGAUAGCACUCCAAGUAUUUCUACAACAGCUGGGAGCAAUAGAGAUAGAUCCUCUUCCAAAACGUUUAUUUACAAAAGCCUAGCUACCAUGAAAGAAAAGGUUAAAGCUUUGGUCAGUGAGGGACAGAACCUUCUUGAUCAGAAGAGCUUAUCAUCUAGUAUCAGAAGCAGAGACAAUGUAAGAACUGUCAGUGUCUCUGCCCUCAGAAAGUCUUCAGUUACUCAGAGACGUGACAGUGAUGCCUGCACAGACAGUGAUUGUACUCCACGUCUGAAGAGUUCAGAUAGCAAUUCCAGCAUUACCAUCUUACCAACACCUGCCGUAGUGGAGAGUGGUCACACCUCCCUCAGCUCUUCUUUAACCUCCAUGGCUGAGCCAGUUAAGUUUUCCAUCGGGACACCCAAUGAUGAAGGAGAGGAGGAAUCAGUGAAGAAUUCACUGGUCAGUCAUCAAGUUAGAGUAGUGUCCCCUCUCAAUCCUGAUAUAUGUAACAGCAUGGUCAGUAGUGUUUACAUGACUUCCGUCACUUCCCCUCCUGGUAGUGACACUGACACCCUAAUUGACAGCUUGGAUACUAAGACAGACAUUGCACCAAUGACAUUAGAUGUGAUCAAUGCCCAUACUCAAAGUGAUGAGGAUGAAAUAACUAGCAUCUAUGACACCACUUGGUUCAACUCUUCUUCACUGGCACAGAAACUGGAGGCUAGAGCUAAAACAAACUCUUCUCAAAUGACUUCCUAUGCAAUGCAUUCUGGGGCAGUUGAUCUGCCAAAAGCAGAAAGCCCAGAGUUUAAUAAUGUCAACUAUGCAUCACUAGCUGGCUAUGACAAUAACAAUAGUGACGAUGAUGAGAAUGAAAUAGAGAAACAAGACAGCAUGGUUCCACAGUAUGCCUUCCAUCAUUUAAAUCAUCAUUUAACUCUGUACAUGAUGAUGUCCAUGUUUGAGAAUGAUGAAGAAUUCACAUGUAAAUUACAGAGUGAAAUAGUUCAGUAUAUCAUUGAAGCCCCUUAUGAAGGAAUCUUAAUCAUGUCAUCCUGUAGGUUUUAUAUUCUAAAAAUAACAUCUGAUGACCACAGCCUUCCUCCAGACCAAUGGUUAACAUGUGUGGAAACUCAACCGAUCCCAGAGCUGCGGUACAUAGAUGUUGGUCUAGGGGGACAGAGUUUCAGAUUGGAGUUUGUGACAGACUGUUCCAGUUUCACAUUUAUCACAAGGAACAAGGAGAAAACUUUGCAGUUUGUCGAACUUUUACAUACCAACCUGGCCAAGUAUGCAGUAUCCCAAGGAAUUACAUCUCAUGUCAUUGUUAAUGAAGAUGUGGAUCAGGCAACACUGAACAACCUUGAAGUAGAUGUGGUGAACAAGGUCAGCUCUGGCCAGAGUCUGUUGCUGUAUUGUAUGGGAUUUAUUGAGAGAGGAAACCAGAAGCUUUUUCCUGUGAGCUUUGUUGUCACUACAUGUGACUUGUGUCUUGUACGAGCCAAUCACCAAUGGCCGCAGCCCCGUCUUCAGGGACCUAUAACUGUAGAUACUGUAGGCAAUCAAUUCACAGUUUUGGAGAGACAGAAGAUCAAUAAUGUGGCUGCAGUGGAAGUCUGUGAGACCAGCAUGAAGAAGAUAAGACUGGAGCUCUUCAAUGAAACUGAAGGUAUCUCCAUCAACUGGAACAUUACUCUAGUCAACAGACAGACUACAGUGGACUUUAUCAAUGCCCUCAGUGAGCCUUGGGCUAAAGAGUUUGGUGUAGAAAUGGAAAUAAGUUAUGCUGAACUGGACUUUUAAUGAAACUGACCACAUUCUUGUAUAAAUAUUUAUAAACAUUGUCUUUCAUUAUUCAUGCUCAACACAUUGUAUAAAGAUUUCAUUUUGUUUUAAAACGAGGAGUUUACAAUGAACUGCAACAAACAUUGUAUUUCUUGGUAAAAACAACAUACUCUUUCUAUUUGAGCUGGGUUUUAUUGGAAUGAUUUACUUCUGGUUUGGAAAGCAAGUAUAAAAGGGGUGAUUGUUUGGUUGAAUUUUUUUAUUUUUUAUUCAGGCUUUUUAAAAUUCCAUCUUUAAAAUAAACCACACACAUAAAUACAAUUUAACAAUUAUUCUGCCAAUUGUUUUUGGUUUUCAUUGUAUUUAAAAAAUUUUAAAUCUUUAUUGAGCAGAAAUAGGAUAGGAACAACUCCUCUUUUGAGUCCGAAUUUACUUUUCUCCUGAAAACAUGAUGGGACAUUUGUAAUGAUGCUAUGUGUCCAGCACAUCUUUCUAUCAUUGCUUUUUUUUGAAAGCUCAAAGUGCAGUCUGAAGCGAUAAGAACAAAUAUACAUUGACCCACUGUGUUCAAAUAAAAAAUCAUCCAAUUCUCUACUUCUAAGUCAACUGUUUAUCCAAUUCUCUACUUCUAAGUCAACUGUUUAUCCAACUCUCUACUUCUCUGUCAACUGUUUAUCCAACUCUCUACUUCUCUGUCAACUGUUUAUCCAACUCUCUAUUUCUCUGUCAACUGUAUAUCCAAUUCUCUACUUCUAAGUCAACUGUAUAUCCAACUCUCUAUUUCUAUGUCAACUGUAUAUCCAACUCUCUACUUCUAUGUCAACUGUAUAUCCAACUCUACUUCUAUGUCAACUGUAUAUCCAACUCUACUUCUAUGUCAACUGUAUAUCCAACUCUCUACUUCUAUGUCAACUGUAUAUCCAACUCUACUUCUCUGUCAACUGUUUAUCCAACUCUCUACUUCUCUGUCAACUGUUUAUCCAACUCUCUACUUCUAUGUCAACUGUAUAUCCAACUCUCUACUUCUAUAUCAACUGUAUAUCUAACUCUCUACUUCUUAUAUCAAACACUACCACUAUGUCAACUGUAUAUCCAACUCUCUACUUCUAUAUCAACUGCAUAUCCAACUCUCUACUUCUAUAUCAACUGCAUAUCCAACUCUCUACUUCUAUGUCAACUGUAUAUCCAACUCUCUACUUCUAUAUCAACUGCAUAUCCAACUCUCUACUUCUAUGUCAACUGUAUAUCCAACUCUCUACUUCUAUAUCAACUGUAUAUCUAACUCUCUACUUCUAUGUCAACUGUAUAUCCAACUCUCUACUUCUAUGUCAACUGUAUAUCCAACUCUCUACUUCUAUGUCAACUGUAUAUCCAACUCUCUAUUUCUAUGUCAACUGUAUAUCCAACUCUCUACUUCUAUGUCAACUGUAUAUCCAACUCUCUACUUCUAUAUCAACUGCAUAUCCAACUCUCUACUUCUAUGUCAACUGUAUAUCCAACUCUCUACUUCUAUAUCAACUGUAUAUCUAACUCUCUACUUCUUAUAUCAAACACUACCUCUAUGUCAACUGUAUAUCAAACUCACUACUUCAAGUCAACUGUAUAUCAAACUCACUACUUCAAGUCAACUGUAGCUAACAGUGUUGUUGUUUUUUUUUGUUAUCACUCUUUUGUCCUCAAUAUAUAUUAACACAGAUAUGUAUACACACACAGUCCAGUUAUAAAUAAUUUGAUUUGAAAAAGAGAUUUUAUAUAGAUGGCAACUAGUCUGUAAAAUACAAUUAUGGAUGCUAUUAAAGAUUAUUGACUUCUGUGUGACCCAACUCAAGGUUCAAAGACAAUGUUAAAAUAGCACCCCCAAGUAGACAGAGAUUGACAUAACUGCUAUUUCAUAGAGUCUCUGGGUAUUAUAAUGACAUAAUGUCUCAGAGAGACGAUUUGGUCAGCUGAAAUGUUUUAAUGUUUAUUUAAUUCUUGAGAAAAACUUCUAGCUGUAUUAAUAGCAUCAGGGAGGCGUGGUGGCUCAGUGGUUAAGCACCUGCCUUCUGAAUUUGGGGUCCAUUAUUCAAAUCUCAGUGAAGAGACUGGGAUUUUGAUGUUUUGGGAUUUUUAGGGUACCCCUGAGUCCACCCAACUCUAAUGGGUACCUAACUUGAAUUUGGGUAGUAAAGACGGCUGAUCUACCGUAUGGAUUGCUUGUUUUGAAAGGAAAACUUUACUUUAUGAAUAGCAUCACAUUUAUGCUGUUGUCAUUGGUGUAUGCUACUAUAGAAAGUUCCUCUUACAGAAGUUACCUUUAUCGUUUCUCUGCUGCUUGGUCUGUUGUUCUUAUACUUUUACUUUGUUCACCUAUUGCAAACUGUCCAUUGACUGCUUCCAGUCAACUUUGGUUUGUAAAUAUUAUUUAUUUGUCUAGUUUUCUCUCGACUGUGUGCCUAUUUUAGGCUACAGUUUGUAUAAAUAUUUGGUGGCCAUUCAUUCUGAAGAAAAUUUAAAAGUAUAGAUAUAUAUUUUUAAAUUUAAUAAACUUUUAUUUUGUACAAUCUAUGCAGUAAUUAAUAACAGUUUUUAUUUGUCUUAUUAUUAUAAGAAUAAUUAAAUUCAUUUAUGAUGCAUCUGUAAGAUGUUUGAUGCAGUAUUAUAAUUCAUUUAACAUGUUUUCUAUUUGUUGACAGCAUAACAUGUCCAGUAGAAACUAACCAGUGGUUACCUAUAUGUGUAUGUAGUAUGAACUAAACUAUGAUAAACAAAUGCACUACAAUAUGUUUAUUGGGAUAUGUCGAAAGAUUAUUUAUUUUCUCUACCAAUUAAACAUUCAGAUUGAAUCCAA